CUUGACAACAGCAUUAAAAACGAUACGAGUUAAAAAAAAGUGCAUUCUUCCUUAAUUAAAUUUUAUUUUGUUAAAUUAAAAAUAUAUAAAAUUCCAAUUAUUAUUAAGACGCAUUUAAAUAUAUAUUUUUAAGUUUCUACUAUAAAGCACUUAUAUUUUAGUUAUUAUUAUGGAGAGUGAGAUCAGUGAUAGUGAAAAGGUUAGAAUUGUUUCUGAUUUUAUAUUGCAUGCACCACCUGGAGAAUUCAAUGAAGUAUUUAAUGAUGUUCGUGAAUUAUUAAAAAAUGAUGCUUUAUUAAAAGAAGGAGCAAGUGCUGCAUUUGCUCAAUAUAAUAAAGAUCAAAUAACACCUGUUAAAAUUGAGGGCAGCGACCAUUCAGCUGUGAUUACUGAAUAUAAUGACUUAGGAGGCGGUCGAUUUUAUGAUCCCAGAACUAAACAAGCAUUUAAAUAUGAUCAUUUACGUAAAGAAGCAUCCGAUUAUCAAAAUUAUGAAACUGAUUCGAAUUCAGAAUUAUGGCGAUCCGCUUUAGAUAUAGAAACAAUAGCUUAUACUGCCAAUCAUUAUAGACAUGGUGUAUGUUCUGUAUUUGGUAAAACACAAGGUAGUCAAAUUACACUAACAAUUUGCAUUGAAGAUCAUCAAUUUCAACCAAAAAAUUAUUGGAAUGGUAGAUGGCGAUCACAAUGGCAUGUUUCUUUUACUCCUGGUAGCCCAGUUACUGAAGUUAAAGGUGUUCUUAAAGUUCAGGUUCAUUACUACGAAGACGGUAAUGUGCAAUUAGUAUCAUCAAAAGAAUGUCGUGAACCCUUAACAGUCACAAAUGAACAGCAAACAGCAAAAGAUAUUAUAAAAAUAAUUGAAGAAGCUGAAAAUGAAUAUCAAAUGGCUAUUUCAGAAAAUUAUGUCACAAUGUCUGAUACAACAUUUAAAGCAAUGCGCCGGCAAUUACCUAUAACAAGAACUAAAAUUGAUUGGGGUAAAAUUGUUUCGUACAGUAUUGGAAAAGAGCUGAAAACGCAAUAAAAUCUAAAUAAUAAUAAUAAUAAAUUACAAAAGGAACCAUUUUUUUAUAAUUUUUUUUUUUUUUUUUUUAUAUUAUAUAAAUAUUAUGUAUAAUUAUACAUAUGUAAUAUAUAUUUUAUAUGCAUACGUUAAUGUAUAUAUGUGUAUGUACAUAUGUAUAUAAAUAAAAGAAAAAGAAAACAACAAGAAGAAAAACCUAUUAAUUAAAAAUUAAAUUUUAUUUAAAUUUUUCCUUUUUCUCUUAUCUGACAAUUUUCAAUUUUUUUUUUUUUCAUUUUUUGGUCAUUUUUCUUAAAAAUAAUUAAGAGAAAAUAAAAUUUUAAACACCACUCUUUUAUCUUUUAUUAGUUUUCUUUUUUUUUUUUUCAAAUUAAAAUUAAAAAAAUAAAAAGCAAAUAAAUUUUUAAAACAAAUUUAUAUCGUUGAUAAAUAAAUUUAUAAUAAAAAAUAAGAAAAGUAAAAAAUUAAAUCAAAAAAAAAAAUUAGU